AUGAAGGCCUCGUCAGUACAGCAGGCCUUCAAGAGCCUGACAUCGCGCAUCCACCCCCAGCUACCAUUGUCCGAACGCGAAUCUCAGCGUCUGCUAAACGCCCUCACUUCGUCCUUCCGCAGCCAUCUGGAUCAUCACCACCACAGCCAUGACGCCGCCGCUUCUGCUACCUCGGCCUCGGCCUCGGCCUCAACUCAGCACCCUCUAUCAUCCACCACAGCUACCGACCGCCAUUUGGCUUCCAUUUUGACGAAUCCCCUUCUCACCAAGCCUGUCCACCAACAACUCAAGGCCAAGUCAAAGCACCCAGUUGCCCUUUUCGAAGACCAAGUCGCCGCUGGACGUGCCAACCUGCCUUCUGCGAGAUUGUGCCUUGAAGCUUUCCGCACUUCUCUCUCCUCACUACCUUCUGCAGAAGUAAAGGACCAGAUUGCUCGCUAUGCUGCGGGAUCCCGUGCUUUGAGAUGGCUCUGGACUAGUGCUCACACCCGCUCUCUUUCCUUCGCUCUAGAUGCUCGCUUCUGUAGCCAUCUCGCCUUUUUCCUCAUUCACGAGGGCAAAGAGUCUGCUUUGUGGGAGUUGAUCGACACACCUGUUGCAACUUCGCCCAACCUUACUGCCAAAGAAGCAAGUAUGCGCAAGGGCUUGUUGCUCAGCUCCAUAGUCAAGACUCAUCUCUCUGGCCCUGACAAGUCUCUUGAAUCUGCCCUCUCUGCUUUCUUCAGAGCCUUGGAUACUUCUCAGACAUCCCAUGCUUCCAUCACCCAUGCGGGUGUACAAUUGACUGGAGCAUUGGUCAAACUCGGACAUUUCUCUGACUCCAACGUCGCUCUGUAUGAUAAGUUCAUCGAUGCUGUUCCUCGUUGGACCAAGAAGCACCCAGACAGGGCCAUUUACAGGAUUGCCAAUCUUACUCUACAUCAUCCCACCGCACCCUCAGCGGACCCAGCUUUGGACUUCAUACGAGAGCUCAGGCCCCUUACAUCUCAUCCAUUCUUGAACCCGACUACUGCAUCUCAGAGAUCUACUGUCUUCGCUUUCUUCUUCGAUAUUGUCAAGCUCUUGCAAAAGCAGGAACGCUUUGACGACGCUUUGUGGGUGAUGGAGUUCAUGCAGCAGAAAUUCCCGGAUGAAUUUGCACCACCUCGCAGGAUGUCUUCUGCUGCUUCGGCAUCUCCUCAGGCCCAAGAGGCAGCAGGAAGUGCCUCUCCGCUCUCGAGCUUGCCUGAUUGGAAAGUCCCUGAGUUUGGCUGA